AAACAAUACAAUACCCAUACUCAUUUUCCUAACUUAUGUAUUAAACAUAAACCCAAGUGCCCUGAGCAGUUGAGCUGAUUGUUGAGUGAGUGAAGAAGUGAUGUUCUCAGCAUUAAAUUUGCGGGCAUCAACCCCUGCAAUCCACCGUUUCAAAGUCGCCGGAAACCUAACUUUAUCGCAACCUCCGCCGUCUUCUCUCCGUCUCCCGACUCGCCGCUUCACCGUACUUUCCGUUCAAUCGCCGGAAAAUGUGGCUUCCUCUGAACCGUCGAUUUCUUCCGAAUUCAUCUCCUCCGUUGGAUCCCCUUCUCUUCAACUCCCUCAUUCUACUCUCACGCAUCGUCACAUUACCGUCUUGAACAUCCUCGCUUGUGCGGUUGCUAUAUCAACGACUUGGCUAUUCUGCUCGGCAAUUCCCACACUUUUGGCCUUCAAGAGAGCAGCUGAAUCGUUGGAGAAGCUAUUAGAUGUCACGAGAGAAGAGCUUCCAGACACAAUGGCAGCAGUUCGCUUGUCUGGAAUGGAGAUCAGUGACUUAACUAUGGAGCUAAGUGAUUUGGGGCAGGAAAUAACACAAGGUGUUAAACAGUCUACUCGUGCUGUACAUGUCGCAGAGGAAAAAAUGCGUCAAUUUGCAAACAUGACAUCAACAGCACCAAUGCAGAUAGUCAGCACCAGAGCAACAUCAAUAGUUGAGCCCGCGUUAGCUAAAUCUGCAAGAGGCAUGCGAGAGGGCAUUGUAAAGGGUCGUUCAAUGAUCCAAAUGUUAUUUGCUCUCACUGGAUUUUCUAGGUCGGUCGUCAAAUUUCUUUCAAAUAGAUCUAGGCUUAGAUCCUUGAAUAAAUAAUUUUGAUGAUAAGAGCAGUAAGAAUGUAAGAUUCAUUUUCACUUUUGUACAUAUGAAUAGAUUUCAUUGAUGCUAGGUAGCAAAGCAUCACUUGCCAAA